AUGCGGUUCUCAGUCGCCUCUUCGAUUGCUCUCCUUGCUGGUGUUGCCCAAGCCGCUUCGUCAUGGACCUUUUCUGAUGGGACCGUCGAGCUCUCCCCCCGAGCUGGCGGCUCCCCCCAGGUCCACAAGUUGUCGGACAAGUCGCAGGUCGAUUCGGUGGUGUCGCUGGGAGUUGGGGAAAAGAUCAAGGUGUCUCUGACGACAAAGGAGGGAUCCGCGUCAAAGAAGCCGCACCAGGCUUUCCUGAUUCUCAAGGAAGCUUCUGGAUUGGAGGCCCCAUUCCCCUUGACUGUGAAGAACACGGGCAAGGGCACCGUCGAGAUUUCGCACAAAGAUCUCCCAAUCCAGCUCCUGACUUCCCAAAGUCCACUCCACGCCAGCCUCGUUCUUGGCUCGUUCGGCUCCUCGUCCGCCUCUGUCUCACCACUCUUCGAUCUCUCUGUUCAGCUGGAUCCUAAUGUCCCUAAGCCGACCUACGAGCCUGCCUUGCGUUAUGGAAAGCAGCCCGAGAUUCACCACACCUUCCGAUCCGAGCCCAAGAACCCUCCCAAGAUUGUGUCCAUCUUCUUCGCACUGGCGGUUGUCGCUACUAUUCCAGCUCUGUUCGUGGGUUGGCUUCUGCUCGGCGCCAAUGUGUCUCACAUCGGAGAGGCUCUGAGCAGCGCUCCCAUUUCCCACCUGGCCUUUUUCGGCUCCAUCAUUUCCAUGGAGGGUGUCUUCUUCCUGUACUACAGCAGCUGGAACCUGUUCGCUACCCUGCCGGCUGUCGGCAUUGUCGGCAUUGUUGCCUUCCUCAGUGGUACCAAGGCACUGGGCGAGGUCCAGCGCAGACGUCUCGCUGGAAAGAGGUAA